GGAUUUUCUUCCUCUGCAUUCAGCGCCCCAAUACUCGGCCGAAUUCUAACUCUCCGGGAAAAUACAUUUCAUUUUUAUAUACAAAGAAGGAACAUCGAACCCUAAAGCUAUUUCAAGAGUACAAAUGGUCCUGGUUGGAAGUUUCUCAGAAUCUUAUGGAAAUUAUAUACAGUUAAGAUGAAGUGAAACAAAGGAAAUUUUACCGUCUUCCUUUGGCUUCUUUACAAAAUGACGAAAGGAUUGUGGCCUACGCUUAACUUUACCUGUAACUAUGUUAGCCGUAGAAUUCACGUUAUGCAUCUCCAGAACGAACAAUCAAUUAAUGAUUACUUAAGUUCUUUAUGCAAGCAAAAGCUUUUCAAAGAGGCCCUUCGUUCAUUUGAUAUUAUAGAAAAGAAUUCAAAUUGCCAUGUUUAUCCGAGCACCUAUGCUCAUUUGAUCUCAGCUUGCUUAUCUUUGAGAUCCCCGCAAUAUGGUAGAAAAAUUCAUAAACAUAUUUUGAAGUACACCUUUCAGCCUGACGUGAUCCUUGCGAACCAUAUUCUCAAUAUGUAUGGAAAAUGUGGGUUGAUAGAGGAUGCCAGGAAGGUAUUCGAUGAUAUGCCAGAGAGAAAUGUGGUGUCUUGGACUUCAGUAAUUGCUGGAUACUCACAGAAUGGUCUGGAAUUGGAAGAAGCUGUAAAAUUGUAUAUUCAAAUGCUACAGUCAGGUCUUAUGCCGGAUCAGUUCACAUUUGGAAGUAUAAUUAGAGCUUGUUCAAGUAUGAAUGAGGUUGAGUUGGGAAAGCAGUUGCAUGCCCAUGUAAUUAAAAUGCAAUUUGGUUCCAACCUCGUAGCCCAAAACGCUCUUAUUGCAAUGCACACAAAGUUCGGUCAAAUUAAUGAGGCACACAUUGUGUUUUCUAGCAUCAAGUUAAAGGAUUUGGUUUCAUGGAGUUCAAUGAUUGCUGGGUUUUCACAACUAGGUUAUGAGUUAGAAGCAUUGACCUGUUUUAGGGAAAUGCGAUGUCACUGGGCAUACCAGCCAAAUGAAUUUAUCUUUGGCAGUGUUUUUAGAGCUUGUGGUUAUCUUGGACAGCUCGAAUAUGGAAGACAGAUACAUGGAUUAAGUAUAAAAUUUGGUCUUGGAGGAGAUGUUUUUUCUGGUUGCUCCCUCACUGAUAUGUAUGGAAAAUGUGGUUUGUUUAGUUAUUCCAAAACUGCCUUUAACCAGAUAGAAAAUCCCGAUGUAGUAUCUUGGAAUGCACUCAUAUCAGCCUUUGCAUAUGGUGGUGAUGCAAAUGAAGCCAUGUUGAAUUUUUCUCAGAUGAGAUAUCAGGAGUUGAGACCAGAUGAUAUCACCAUUCGUUCUUUACUUAGUGCUUUCAGAGAUCCAUUUACUCUCUGUCAAGGGAAACAAGUGCACUCCUAUAUUAUGAAGACGGGAUUAGAUUUGGAUAUUCCAGUUUGUAAUUCCAUACUUUCAAUGUAUGCGAAUUGCUCAGAUUAUAAUGAUGUGGAUAAAAUGUUCAACAAGAUACAAAGCAAGGCAGAUCUAGUCUCUUGGAAUGUCAUUCUUACUGCAUGUGUGCAGCACGACAAGGCUGGAGAGGUUUUCUCGUUAUUAAGAAUGAUGCUGCUAUCUCAUAAUAGGCCGGAUAAUAUUACCUUAACUAUUGUACUUGGAGCUUGUGGGAAAAUCGCCUCUUUAGUAAUGGGGGAUCAAGUUUAUUGCUCUGCCAUUAAAACUGGGUUCACUGUUGAUGUUUCUGUGAUAAAUGGAUUUAUCGACAUGUAUGUGAAAUGUGGAUCCAUAGAAAGCGCUAAAAAACUCUUUGACUGCAUGGAAAAUCCUGAUGUUUUCUCUUGGAGUUGUUUAAUUGUGGGAUAUGCUCAGUUUGGAUAUGGAGAAGAAGCUUUAAAUCUCUUCAUGAAAAUGAGAAGUUUGGGAGCUAAGCCAAACCAAGUGACAUUGGUUGGAGUUUUGACUGCUUGUAGUCAUGUUGGACUGGUGGAAGAAGGGUGGCAGUUGUUUAAUACCAUGGAAGAGGAGUACGGUGUAGUCCCCACAAGAGAGCAUUAUUCAUGUGUUGUUGAUUUGCUGGCUCGAGCUGGCCGCAUCAACGAUGCUGAAGCUUUCAUAAAUGAAAUUCCAUUUGAACCUGAUAUUGUGACAUGGAAAACUCUAUUGGCUGCCUGUAAAACUCGAAAUAAUAUUGAAGUUGGAAAACGGGCUGCAGAGAAUAUUCUGCAGAUUGACCCCUCUAAUUCUGCUGCUCAUGUGAUGCUUUGCAGCAUAUAUGCUUCAACUGGUAGCUGGAAAGAUGUUGCCACGGUGAGGAGCUUGAUGAGACAAAAUGGCGUCAAGAAAGUUCCUGGUCAAAGCUGGAUUGAAAUGAAGGACAAUAGUCAUAUUUUCUCAGCAGAAGAUGAUUUCCAUCCCGAAAGAGGCAGAAUAUACACAAUGCUGGAGGAAUUGUUGUUGCAAAUGUCAGAUGCUGCUUAUGUUCCCGUUGAGGGUGUAAUGUUUACUGGUGAACCAUGUUUUCUCUGAAUGAUUUUUGAUACUUCAAUGUCCAAGGGUUAGGAGAUCGUGAACAACUAAAGCAAAGCAGGCUUCUCCAUCUUGCAAAGAGAAAGGAAGUAAAUAAAGAAAGAAAUGGUUUGGGAAAGAAAAGCCUUUAGUUCAGAUUUUCCAAAUCUAGAGACUAUUCAAGUACCUCAUCCUCCCUUGGAAGAUGUGAAAGUGGAAGUGAAAAAUGGGCAGACAGAACAUGCUUACUCUGUUGCCGUUGCUACUGCUGCAGUAGCUGCACAGGCUGCUGCCGAGGUUUUCCACAUACUACAGCAACUCAAUUCACUGGAAAAUCAAAAGAGGAGGUGGCAGCAAUCAGAAUCCAGACUGCUUUCUGUGGUUACCAGGCAUGCUACUUAAUAAAUUAACAUUUCUUCCUCAAUUGGAUUUGAUGGGUUGGACAUCAAAAUUUGUCAGGGUGGAAAAAAUUUGAGAUAAGGAUCUUUAUUUAAUCUAUUUCCUUGGCUGAAAAGUGAGCAACACAUGCUUAUAA